AUGUCGGAGACGAGAAGAACGCUAUUCAAAGAAAUUGUACCUCCAGCACUGACACCACAUGGUAAAGUUACUGUUGUUGGCGUUGGUCAAGUAGGUAUGGCAUGUGCAUAUAGCAUCUUGCAACAGCAUCUUGCAAGUGAAUUAUGUUUGGUGGAUGUUGUUGCUGAUAAGCUGUUGGGUGAAAUGAUGGAUCUGCAACAUGGUUUAGCUUUUACUCGUCACUGUUCUGUUAAGGCUGAUACGGAUUACAAAGUUUCUGCUGGUUCGAAAGUAGUUGUAAUAACUGCAGGAGCUCGUCAACGAGAAGGUGAAUCAAGACUUGAUUUAGUGCAACGAAAUGUUGAAAUUUUCAAGGGAAUAGUACCACAGAUCGUGAAAUAUUCACCAGAUGCGCUCAUUUUGGUUGUUGCUAAUCCUGUUGAUAUACUGACCUAUGUGACUUGGAAAUUGUCUGGACUUCCUCAAGAACGCGUAUUUGGCUCAGGAACUAAUUUAGAUUCAGCACGAUUCCGGUUUCUUUUAUCGGAACGACUUAAUAUUGCUCCAACAAGUUGUCACGGUUGGAUCAUUGGCGAACAUGGAGAUUCUAGCGUUGCUGUUUGGUCGGGUGUAAAUGUCGCUGGAGUCCCACUUCGAGAGCUGAAUCCAGAUAUUGGAAAGAGCAAAGACACUGAACAUUGGGAAGUAGAGAUUCACAAGCAAGUAGUCGAGAGUGCUUACGAAAUCAUACGACUAAAAGGUUAUACAUCGUGGGCUAUUGGACUGUCAGUUGCAGCUAUCGUCAGUGGUAUAAUGCGUAAUACUCGUAAUGUUUUUGCUCUAUCCACCAACAUUAAGGGAAUUCAUGGAAUUGAUGACGAAGUUUGUCUUUCUCUACCGUGCGUUCUCGGUGAAAAUGGUGUUACUCAUAUUGUUAAGCAGACGUUAACGGGGAGCGAGGUUUUUUUUUUAAAUUUUUUUGUAUUUAUGAAAACGUUUCUUUGA